AACUUCCCUUAGCGUAAAUCGAUAAAUCUGUAGCAAAACGCAGCUGUCAACUGGUCAACUGUGGCCUUAUUUAUUAAUUAGUGAAGUUUAUAGCUAUAUGUUUUAGCCGUGCGAGUGAACGGGUGUGGAGUGCGUUGGUAGUUGGUACCUAGUGUACCUAGACCUACUACCACUGGGUAGUUCGAGGAGGGGUGUCGCGUGGAGCGGCCGUGGCGGAGAGCGAAGGGUCCGCAGUAGCGGGGGGCGUAGGCCUCACCGUGAGCAGCAAGGUGUACCCGAGCCCGGGGGCGGCGCGCGGCGUGUGGGCGCUGCCGCAGCCGCCCCCCUGCACCAUGGCGGCCGAGGAGCCCCUGCCCCCGUGCUCCCCGAUGUCCCCUGACGCGCCCGCAGCACCCCCUCGCACCAUCACAAGUUACCACCACUCGGACCUGCACCAGCUGAUCUUUGAGGCUGUUAGGUCCAGCGAAGUAUCAGAAAUCGAGCGGCUAGUCGAAAAGCUCGGCGUGGAGGUGCUCAGCGCUCGUGACCAACACGGAUACACACCAGCGCACUGGGCGGCGCUGGAUGGCAGCGUGGCAGUUAUGCGGUAUCUCUUGGAGCGAGGAGCGCCCGUGGAUCUAUCCUGCCUGGGCACUCAGGGCCCUCGUCCUAUCCACUGGGCCUGCAGAAAGGGCCAUGCUUCAGUGGUGCAAGUUCUGUUACAGUGUGGAGUUGCAGUCAACGCUGCUGACUUCAAAGGACUAACCCCCCUAAUGACCGCCUGCAUGUACGGCAAGACCGCCACGGCAGCCUAUCUCCUCGGCAUGGGAGCCGCCACCAGGCUUGCAGACAUCAACGGAGACACCGCUCUUCACUGGGCCGCGUAUAAGGGGCAUGCCGACUUGGUCCGUUUGCUCAUUUACUCGGGAGUGCCGUUACACUGUACUGACAAUUUUGGCUCGACGCCGCUGCAUUUGGCUUGUUUGUCGGGGAACCUGACAUGCGUUAGGUUGCUUUGUGAGAAGGUAAAAGCAGAACUCGAGCCUCGCGACAAAAACGGCAAGACUCCCCUCAUGCUGGCGCAAAGCCACCGGCACGCCGAGGUGGUCAAACUCCUCACAAAGGAAAUGAAAAGGAAGUCCCACUGGAUGCCUCCAUUAUCGGAACUCUGGGCAUUGCUGUUUGGUGGUGCGGGGGACUCGAAGGGACCACUGUUGUUCUUCCUUGUAUCAGUGCUGCUGUGGGGUUACCCUAUGUAUGUUUUUAGGUGUAUCCCCCUAACUUGGAACACCCUCCGUCUCUCCCACUACUGCUUCCUCUAUUGGAACGGCAUCAUGUGGCUGAGCUGGGUGAUCGCCAACCGCCGGGACCCGGGCUACAUCCCGCAGAACUCCGACACGUACUACCGCGCCAUCCGCCAGAUCCCGUACCUAGACAAGUGGAGGAAGAGGAACGUCAUUCUGUCGCGGCUGUGCCACACGUGCCGGUGUCUGAGACCGCUCAGGGCCAAACAUUGUCGCAUCUGCAAGCGCUGCGUGGCCUACUUCGACCACCAUUGCCCCUUCAUCUACAACUGCGUCGGUGUUCGGAACCGCAUGUGGUUCUUCCUGUUCGUGAUGAGUGUGGCUAUCAACUGCACGCUGUCCAUAUACUUCGCCUGCUACUGCCUCCUUCUUGAAGGAUUUGGACUGCUGUAUUUAUUGGGACUGCUGGAGGCGCUUACUUUCUGCGCGCUGGGGUGGAUUCUUACGUGUACAUCUAUACUUCAUGCCUGCAUGAACCUGACCACGAACGAAAUGUUCAACUACAAGCGUUACCCCUACCUGCGGGACAAGCGCGGGCGCUACCAGAACCCCUUUUCGCGGGGCCCCGUCAUGAACCUCAUUGAGUUCUUUGUCUGCCUGCCGGAUAAAUGCGACGAGCAGGAUUUAUUCCACGAGGAGAACAUUUAACAGCAAGCUUAGUUACUUUACCUGACCACGAGGUGCUACCAGAACCCCU